CACCGAGUGCCUGUGAUUUGUUGGAUUAGAUCACGGAAGAUUUGGAAAUUGUGUUCAAAGUUUGCACAGUUGGAUUUUAAGGUUGAUAAUUUUUUUUCCUGGAUAAUUUGUAAAUUCUUUUAUAUUAUUAACGGUAAUUUUGAUAUAAGUUUUUUCUACCAGAAAUUGUAAACAAAAAGAUCAUCUAAAGAUGAUACUUUUUAGAUAAUAAAUUUUAUUACCUAUAACCGCAAACUAUUUAUAUAUGUGUGUACAUUUAUAUAUAUUUUUUUUACAAAAUUGCGUCAAUAAAAAGUCUAUAUUAAUUUAAAAUACUUAAUAUACCAGAGAUUUGUUAUAAUUUAUUAAAUCAAACAUCGCUAAAUGAUGUUUCCAUGACGACGCUAAUCAUCUUUGCAUUGUCCCGUGAGCUGUUCAAGAAAUUUUAUACAAAAAUUAAAAAAAAAAAAAAUGACGCAGUGGUUUAAUUUAUAGUAUGACAAUGAAUUAUUUAUGGUAUACAUUCUUUAGUUUUAAAUAAACACUACAUUGUAAAGGAAACGUCGAUUUAAAAAAAAAAAAGCUUUUUUCCCCCUAGAAGCAGACCAUGAACUACGCAGAUAUUCAACCGGCUCCCAUGGCCGUGUACUGUAGGGGUCUGACCAAAUCUCUUGGCAGUGGCAAGUCUAAGAUAGACGUGCUGUGUGGUCUGAAUAUGUCUGUACCACAGGGUGCUAUGUAAGUACAAUGGAAGUGAUGUGUCGUUGGAAUAUGCCUGUACCACAGGGUGCUAUGUAAGUACAAUGGAAGCGAUGUGUGGUUGGAAUAUGUCUCUACCACGGGUGCUAUGUAAGUACAACAGAAGUUUUGUGUGGUUGGAAUAAGUCUGUACCACAGAGUGCUAUGUGAGUACAACACACGUGCUGUGUGGUUGUAAUAUGUCUGUACCACGGGUGAUAUGUAAGUACAACAGAAAUGCUGUCUGGUUGGAAUAUGUCUGUACGACAAGGUGCUAUGUAAGUAUAUCAGAUAUUUGUGUGGUUUUUAAAUGUUUCAGGUGUACAUGGUAGAACAACAGCUUCUGAGAUAGCAACUUUUAUUUCAUUUUCAAACUCCUAAGUAAUCUGUUCUAGCAUAGCUAAAUGCUAAGGCACCUACCACCACUCCAGUUUCUAAAUCCUAACGUGGCCAGCAUAUCGGUUGCUAAAUGCUAUAGCAACUUCUAUUUCAGAUACGGCCUUCUAGGAGCAAGUGGUUGUGGAAAGACAACUCUGUUGAAAUGCGUCAUUGGAAGAAUGCAGCUGGACGGGGGUCAUCUGCGUACAUUGGGCAAAGUUCCUGGGUCAAGGAGUCAUGAAGUUCCCGGUAAAAUGGUCGGAUACAUGCCUCAGGUAAUUUACCAUUAUUCUUAUACAUCAAUUUCACAUUCAAUAACAAAAUAAAUCUUUGGAAAGUUUCUGGAGAAAGUCAAUUUUAAAAGACUAAAUAAGGCGAAACAUUUCUUGAAACCAGUAUCAUGUUUUAUGGGGUCAUUUGGUCUUUGUAAUCCUUUGCCGCGGCUAGACUUUGAGCCACCCAUUGUCCAGUGUCGCGGCUAGACUUUGAGCCACCCAUUGUCCAGUGCCGCGGCUAGACUUUGAGCCACCCAUUGUCCAGUGCCGCGGCUAGACUUUGAGCCACCCAUUGUCCAGUGCCGCGGCUAGACUUUGAGCCACCCAUUGUCCAGUGCCGCGGCUAGACUUUGAGCCACCCAUUGUCCAGUGCCGCGGCUAGACUUUGAGCCACCCAUUGUCCAGUGUCGCGGCUAGACUUUGAGCCACCCAUUGUCCGGUGCCGCUGCUAGACUUUGAGCCAACCAUUGUCCUGAGCCGCUGCUAGACUUUGAGCCAGCCAUUGUUCUGUGCUGCAUUGAAGAUUUUAAUUCCUAACUAGAAUUUACGAUAUUGAAAUAAUUUAAAAAAAAUUAAAACAAAAAAAAACCAACAAAUAAUUUACACGUUUAAAUUGUAAAUCAAUUACAUUCUCUUCACAGGAGAUUUCUUUGUUCAAAAAGUUAACAAUCAGAGAGACUUUGACCUUGUUCGGCCGACUUCACGGCAUGACCAAGAAGGACAUCCAAAAAGGAAUCGACUUCUCGCUAGGGUUUCUCAACCUUCCAGAUGACGGGCGAUUGGUCGAGAAUUUGAGGUCUGUUCAACGUACAGUUUUGGGACCACUCUUAUGGUCCGCUACUUGAAAAUAAUAAUUCAAACAAACAAAAUAAACAUAGC